AUGGCACUUCCGGAUGCGGACUCUAUCUACGAAUUUGGACUGGAGGUGUCGUCAUUAUUCUUCGUGAAAACGUGUAUCGAUUUCGCAGGAGUGUCUGUCUUUUUAUACGACUAUCUGCAGACCGUUCACGAUGAGGUCACCAUGAUUUGGAGAUCCCGGUUAUCCCUGGGAAAAGUGCUAUUUAUCGUAGCACGGUACACGCCCUUUAUCGACCUCACUUUCUUCCUUUCGAUGAAUAUCCCGGAACUCGUUAAUCAUCCAUCGAUAUGUCGGAUUCUACAGGGGAUUGCGCUAGUCUCCACCAUUCUGGGUAUCACAACCUGCGAAGCCAUAUUGGUCAGCUCGCUAAGCGCCCUAGUGGGCGUCACGAAGAGAUCAUCCACGAUCAUCUGGUCCAUAUUUGCAGCCCAUGCAGUCGUAAUCGCUGUCUUCACUGGUUUAGCGUUGGAUGGUGUGCGAGGCGUCCCGCCACCAUGGCCACUGAAGCGGUGCUACACUAUAUACUCACCCGCAGACAGGGCUCACUUCCUGGCCCGAGGGUAUCUAAUCUUACUCGUAGGCGAAUCUAUCGCGACCAGCAUCGCCGUCGUCGUGGGUAUCAGGAAGUACUGGAGGACGAAAAGUCGAUUGACCAACGUGCUUUAUCGAGAUGGAACGAUGUACUACAUUGGACUGCUGACGUGUACCAUUGUCAACCUCUCAACACAUAAUUCUGCGAUAGGGAUCGGACCACUGCACCUAUUGCAAAGGGCAAUGCACGCGAUCCUCGCAAACCGCCUCCUCCUCGACACACGUCGCCAAUUCAAAGCAAACUAUAUCGGGCCCGGAGGCUCGACUGCCGUGGUAUCCGACCUCAAAUUCAAAAACACCCAGGCCUCGAGGAGGGGGCAGAAUACGACCUGGAAUGAGAUGGGCACUGUGGGUCUCGGGGGUGGAGGUGGAGAUGGACUGCAAGAUUCAGAGGCAUCGAGGUCGGACGAGCAAUCGGAACUUGGAAUUGUUGAAGUUAGAAGAGAUGAAAAAGAGGCUGUUGUAUAG